ACUGGAUCUUCUCUCCAUUAUAACUCGUGAAGGCUCGUCCUGUGCCCCCUUGCCGUGUGUGGCUUACUCAUCGCCUGCAAGGAAGGAGAAGGAGUGUUAAACGUGAAUCUGCUGGACUACUGACGCUCCCCAGAAGUCGCCUGCCCAAGAGGGGCCCGGGGCUCGUCCAUCAUGCAGUUCUCAGGGAUCGAGAACAUGCUGGAGAACGCGACGGAGAGCGAGAUGGAGAACGCAACACUGAUACCAGAAGAGGCCGGCAUCACAGAGCCCCAGCUGGUCCCCCUCGACACCUUCAUCGGCCUCAUCCUCGCCUUCUCCUCCUGCCUCUUCAUCGGCAUCUCCGUCAUCUUCAAGAAACUCGCGCUCAGGGACAUUGAGGCUCACGGGGGGACGCGGGCGGUGGACGGAGGCUACGGAUACCUGAGACUGCCCAAGUGGUGGUUGGGGAUAUCUCUUAUGGGUCUCGGCGAGCUCACCAACUUCGUGGCCUACAUCUUCGCCCCGGCCAUCCUAGUGACGCCUCUGGGGGUGUUUUCCAUCGUCUGUACGGCUACCCUUUCGCCUUACUUCCUCAAGGAGCGUCUGGGUAGGCUGGGUAAGCUGGGAUGUGUUCUAGUGCUGGUGGGCUGCAUCAUCGUGACGCUCUGUGGCCCUAAGGAUCGGGAGAUUGCCAGUAUGGAAGAGCUCCAGUCCCAGUUACUCCACCCCGGCUUUCUCGUGUAUGCCUCGAUAGUGGUCCUGGUCUCGGCUCUCUUCAUGGCCCUGGUGCCUCGCUACGGUCACCGCUAUGUCCUGCUGUACAUCACAAUUUGCUCCUCCUUUGGGUCCCUCUCCGUCAUGUUCUGUAAGGGCGUGGGACUGGCGCUGAAGCAGACCAUCGGUGGGAGUAAUGAGUUCACGAAUUGGGCCACGUGGGUGUGUCUCGUGGCCCUGAUCGCCUGUUUGCUGGUGGAGACCAUCUACAUGCAGCGGGCUCUGGAUCUCUUCAACAGCUCCCUCUUCAUGUCCGUCAACUACGUCCUCUUCACCUCACUGGUCAUCGUCGCGUCGUCCAUCCUGUACACGGAGCUGCGGGAGAUCGGCGUCAAGAACAUCAUCCUCACACUUCUCGGCUUCAUCGUCAACAUCGCCGCUUUGUACCUCAUGCACCUGGACCGCGAGGACAACACGCCGCCGCCGGCCGAAGAAGAGCACUGCGAAAACCCCGCCUCGCCGCAGAAGACCAAGGCGCAGCUGCCGGGGCCUGAGCAGAACACCCCGCUGCUGGGCCGUGCUCCAGCCUCCCCUCUGGCGGGUCUCAACCUCCCGCACACUAUGUUCCCGGCCAAGACCAACUCCUGCAUGUCGCUCAUCAGCCAGACGUCCUUGCCGAACCACGCGAGCGGCGACAACCACAACGCAUCGGACAUCCACGACGCAGACAAUGACGGAAACACUCGCCAACACACGCGACACCGGAAGGGAACUAACCCCACCGAAGAAGCUCCACCCAAUAACAAGAACUACAACAACAAUAACAACCACAAGAACAACAAUAACAACCACAGAAACAACCCUCCACCAGACCUAGGGGAACGGACCCAGGGAUAUCUCUGCGAAGUCCCUCUCCUGACCGAACUCCGCACCUCGACCAAGCUCGCCUCCUCGACCACAUUGCCGGACAGACCUUGCGACAACAACUCCAUCACCAGCAGCGCCAACAGAAGGGGUAGUUACAGUAGCAGCAUCAGCACCAGUAGCAGCAGUAGUAGUAAGAGCAGCAGGAGUGGUAACAAUAACAGUGCCUUGAAUAUUAACACCACCAAUGGAAAUAACAAUAACAGUGGUCGGUUAGGGGAUACGAAUACGCAUUUAGAGGAAGUUGAAGAUCAUGGUAACAUAACGAUUGAGCAGCAGCAGAUGUUGGUGUGAGGUGUGUGCGUGUGUGUGUGUGUGUGUGUGUGUGUGUGUGUGUGUGUGUGUGUAGAAGCGAACAAGCUGCAAGAUAAGUGCCAUAGCUGUAUUCCUGCCAUAUUAGAAGCAGUAUUAGACACUUCAUAUAUAUAUUCUCUCUCUCUCUCUCUCUCUCUCUCUCUCUCUCUCUCUCUCUCUCUCUCUCUCUCUCUCUCUCUCUCUCAUACCUAAAACUAUUAAAAAACACUAACAUUUCCAAUUUCUGACCAACAAUGAAGUUAAAUUUAAACCAAAUGCUAAAACGGUUCCGUAAUUCGCUAAAACCUUCUAUAAACCUUAAAAAACACAACCAUCCACUACGGUACACACGACGGGGAAGAGUACUUAUAUCGUGCCUCUAUGUGUAAAUAUAUAUAUAUAAAAAGAGAACACACACUUGUAAAUUAUAUGCAGUAGUAGUAGUAGUAGUAGUAGUAGUAGUAGUAGUAGUAGUAGUAGUAGUAGUAGUUCCUCGUAAAUAACCAAAGAUAGUACAAUAGAAGAAAUAAUAUAUAAAAAAAAAUCCACUCUCACCAUCAUCAUCAUCAUCAUCAUCAUCAUCAUCAUUUUGGACCUCAUAAGAAUACGAGAAAGAGGAGGUAGAGAAGAAAAUGGAUGAGAAGGAAUAGAAGGUGAAAGAGAAGAAGGAAUCAGAUAAGAAGAAAGCUGAUAAUAUGGAAUAAGAGAAGCAGCAUCAGAAGAAAGGAGAAGGAAAAGAGGAGGAUUAAGGCGAAACAAAAGAGGAAGAGGAAAAAGAGAUGAUGGAGGAGGAGGAGGAGGACAAGAAUAAGAAUAACAAGGAGACUGACAAAGAAGAGGAGGAGGAAAAUGAAGAAAAAACGAAGAGAAAUUUGACGAAGAGGAUGAGGAAAAAGGAAAAAGUGGAGGAAGAGAAAAAAAGAGGCAAAAGAAAAUAAGAAAAUAAAAAGAUGAAAAAUAAAAAGGAAAAUAAAAUUACCCUUAGAAACCCCCCCCAAGGAAAAACGAAAACCAUGGUAGAAGAUAGAGAGAUAGAGAUGGUGUUCCGACCCUCAUAAGAUACAGACUGUAGCCUACGUUUGGGCCCUUAAGUAACUCAUCAAUAAAGCAUAAAGGAAAUCAAUGAGUCUCGUAGCAAGUGAAAAUGAUUGCGUUGUUAAUUACUGCAACGAUGGGGACGAGGAAGAGGAGGAGGAGGAGGAGGAGGGGGAGAAGAGGAGGAGGAGGAUAACAAGAUAGAGUAAAUGGAAAGAAAAUGAAACAAAAAAAACGAAGAAAAAUAGGAGGAAGAGGAUGCGGAAAAGAGAGAAAAGGGAGGAAGAGAACAACAAAAACGAUGGUGAGGAGGGAGAAUAUAAAAAAAGAGAAGAAUGAUGAGAAUGAAAAAGAGGGAAGAAUACACUGAAGAAGAGGAAAGAGAAAUAGAGGAACGAAAGGAAGAGGAGCAGGAAAAUUUAGGAGUGAUAAAAAAGAAAAGAGAAGAGAGAAAUGAAAGACAAGAAAACUGAAAACAAAAAGCAGAAGCAUUAAAAAGAAAGUAGAGGAAGAAAAGGAAGACAAAGAAGAUACCUAAAUAAAAGAGAAAAGAGAAGCGAUUGGAAGAAAGGGAUAACUAGAAAAAGAGGAAAGUAGAAGAAGCGAAGGAGGAUGACAGUGAAUAAAUUGAGUGGUAAAGACGGAGGAGGAGGAGGAGGAGGAGGAGGAGGAGGAGGAGGAACAUGAAGAAGCAAUAGGAAGGGAUAACUGGAAUAAGAGGAAAGAAGAAGAGAAGGAGGAUGACAGUGAAUAAAUUAAGUGGUAAAGACGGAGGAGGAGGAGGAGGAGGAAGCAGAAUGGGGUAGGUCAUCAGCGUUCGUUAUGGCCCAGAAUAAUAUAUGAGCGGUAAACACCCUCAUGUCUCAUAUUGGCACAAAGGUGGUAAGCAACGUGCGGGCAAUGGUGGGAACCCCGAUCGAAUCCCUCAAUGCAAAGAGGAGGAGGAGGAGGGGGAGGAGGAAGAACCGGUAGACACAACAUUACAACAUUCCUCUCUCUCUCUCUCUCUCUCUCUCUCUCUCUCUCUCUCUCUCUCUCUCUCUCUCUCUCUCUCUCUGUGUGUGUGUGUGUGUGUGUGUGUGUGUGUGUAAACUAAACAUGGAUUCUGUAAAUAUUAACGUAAGGAAUAAAUUAUGUAAACUGUUUUCCUCUCAAGUUCUUUUUUUAAUAUUUUGUUCACUUUUGUUUUCUUUUUUCUUCAUUUUUCUUCCUUUUUUUUCUUUUUAAUUAUGAGAGGGUGUCGUAGGGAAUAAAUUAUGUAAACUGUUUUCCUCACAAGUUUAUUUUCGUGCGUUAUUUUCAGCCUUGUAUUCGUUUUUUUCCGCUUAAUUUAUUUCUUCAUUUUCAUUAAGGGGGGGGGGGGUAGGAAAAAACGGGAAGGCAUAGGCAAGCAUGUUUUCCUCCCAAGUUUGUUUUUGUGCGUUGUUUCCAUCCUUGUUUUCGUUAUUUCCCGUUUAAUUUAUUUCUUCAUUUUCAUUAAGGGGGGGGGGGGGGAACGGGAAGGCAUAGGCAACAUGUUUUCCUCCCAAGUUUGUUUUUGUGCGUUGUUUCCAUCCUUGUUUUCGUUAUUUCCCGUUUAAUUUAUUUCUUCAUUUUCAUUAAGGGGGUGUGCAGGAUGAAAGGGGAAGGCAUAGGCAAGCAGCUCUGUAAUAUAACCGUGAAGUCUGUAAAUAAAAAAAACACGAGAAUUAUUAUUAUUAUCUAUACUGUUUGUUAUGUCGUUAGGGACUCUGUAAAUUAGCAACGUAGAGAAAAUAAAAACAAAUAUCCA